AUGAAUCAAUAACUGGUGUCUGGUUUGUUUUAGCAGUAUAUUGUCUAGAUGUGAAAUAAGGAAUAAAAUCAUAAUUUGAUUUUAAGGUAUUACUAAAUAGUUUCAUAAAUAAGUAUUAGAAAAGCAAACAGAGAGGAAAAGGUAGGUCUAAGAAAGAAAAUAAGAUCAACGAGAAUUCUGGUUUGAAGUACCAAUAAUUGAAAAGCAAUAUAAUGGAAAUUUUGUUAAAUCAAAUGAAAAACAAAAUUAUUUAUAUUUAGAUUGA